UUAUAAGCUUUUCUUGAGAAACCUCGGAAGAUAUAGCAUGAUUCAGGAUUUCUUUUCUCCACUGCCUUGACCACCAACUGGUUUUGCCGGUCGGCGGAGUCGAAAUCUAAAACUACAGGGCUUGCGCAAUUUAGAAGUUUAUCACUGAGCCCGUGAGCUAGCUCAAGUAGCUAGCCCAGUGUGUUAAAGAAAUCAGCCAGCCAUUUGUCUCAAUAUGUUGCGGGGUAACUAGUUAGCAGAAGCAGCGCACUGGUGCUUUUUGUACCCGACAUGUUUUUGCGAGGGGACAACGAAUGCGAGGCAGCAAGCCGUUGGACCUCAGAUAAACCCAGGCGACUUUACUAUGGCUAAACAACAAAAACAGCUGCUUUGUUGAUGUGAGAAAAAAAGGUCAGGAGGACAACAUCAGCGACUAUGAGCAGGGCAGAACAAAAGGACAGAGGCUUGUCCACAAGCGAAGACUCUCUCCUGUGUUUCCACAACUCCAAAGCUGAGCCGUUGAUCCGAGGCCGACCCCUCAGUGAUAUAUACCCAUUUCAGAGUCAGUGUGACAGAAGUGCAGUCCCUUAUCUGCUGUCUGGGUGUGGCGCCCAAGUACAGCCAAUGACUGCAGGUCCUCUCACUGAUGAGAACAAACUGAACGGCAUUAACUCCUCCGCUUGGUCCAACCCUGUUAUAGGUCAACCUGAAGGAAAGCCUUACUCCUCAAGAAUUAUGAGGCUUUUUUCUAACUCGAGGAAGGGCCAUGUCCCUGCUCAUAGUCCAACCACUGACAGCCCCACCUCAGUCCACAGCAAAGACGGCAACAGUGGCCCCCAGUCCUGGUCGGGACUUUCAGGACUGGGUGUUGUGGACUCCUUCAAAAAGCUCCGCUCCUCCGUGCUGCAGGGAAUUCAGAGUAAAGGGGCAUCGAACCAUGAUGGAGAGCAUGAUCUUUCAUCAAAUCAGGAAAUGGCUAAUGGCACAGUUGUGGCAAAAGCUGACCCUGGUUUAGAUGAUGGAAUGAAUCAUUUAAAGUCAGCAGAAGGAUACAGUGUGUGUAAUGGAAAUUUUACUGGACAAAAUUUGGCUUUUAACCGGUGUGGCUCAGAUAUUGACGACUAUGACGAUGAGGAAAAUGAUGAAGGAGACGGUCUCACGCGCAACUCACGAUUCUCAAGGAGUAUGAGGAGAGCAUAUGGAGCAGGACGCAUUUCUUUACUUGACAUGGGGAAUGGGAGAGUUGCAGGAAGCAGCACAAUGGGAGCUGCAGACAGUCAGAGACCAGGUCAGACAUCCGAGGUCGGUGUCCAAGCAGAGAACAUGAGCAACACAAAUGUGAAGGUGCUGAGCAGAAUGAGCAAAAGUGCAGAAAAUCUUCAUAUAUUUAAGGCACCAUUCAGACGCAGAGCCCCAUCUCCAGGUCCCCCUUCACCUCAGGAAGACCCACAGAGUAUUACCACGUCAAACAGGACACCAAGCAUCCAGAGAACAGCCAGCGCCUCCUCAGUGGACCUUCGAAGCCACGCUGUGAACCGCAGGAAGAGCCCUGUGAAGACCAAGGGCCCGAUGCUGAAGCUAGUAGGGAGCAUGACUGACCUAACUGUCCGACGCAGGAGAAGUCCCUCCCCCAGCCCUACAUCUCCAUCUCCCAUGUCACCCCUGACUCGUCUCCACGACGACUACUCCCGCCGCGUACCUUGCCUACAGACCGGUGAACGACAGCGCCGGCCUUCGCCCGUCAGAGCCCGGGUCAUGUCCGUCGAACACACACCGCUGGUUCAUCAUCAGCCUGAAUACGACGGCGGCCCACAACAGCACCAGGUCCUUAUCAGUUCGGUUUCCGUGGAUCCCCCAGAGACAAUAGACACUUCACCUGGUAUCUCUGCUCAUUAUGAGUCGCAGGCCGUAGCCACAACAAGUGGUUAUAAACGGAUAGCAGCUUGCGAUUCAUCUCCACUCAGCCAAAAAGAGUCUUCACAACAACAAGAACAGACUGAGGUCAAGUCGCUACCAAGCAAGGUGACAUCAGAACAAGAGCGAGAAGAACUUCUCCAAACAGAUGAAGUCUCUCCAACAACCAGCAGCAUCACACCUCCUAUCUCCCCAACAUGCCUCUCGGAAUCACCCACAUCGCCCACAUCAUCCACAAAGGCAGCCGCGAGUCCCACAGAAACAUCCUCCGUCAAGCCCAGGCGAAGGGCCGGGCAUCCGAGACCUCGGCCAAUUUCUGACUACGGUCAGCUCAUUUCCAGGAAGCACUCCAUUCCCGAGGAAGUUGCUGAACUGCAUGCCGAGGAAAGGACAGAAAACACAUCACUGCAUAAAGACUGCAGCGAUAAUGACACCUAUGGGGAUGGAGAGAGCCCUGAGAAGUUCAGCGUGAAUGGGGACGUUCAGUGCAGGAGGUAUCGGCCCAUCUCAGUGAUAGGAGUGGUGGAUGUGUUCCCCCCUGAUGCUGAGGAGAAAGAUGACCGCCUUCCUUCUCCCUUGUCCCGGCCGCCCAUCCCCUCCCAUCAGGUGCCCCCCUACAGAGCAGUGUCUGCCAGGUUUCGCCCCUCAGCCCUCUCCCAGAGCACCCCCAUCGGACUGGAUCGCGUUGGACGACGAAGGCUCCACAGAGUGCUCAGUGAUGGUGUGUCUGACUGUUCGGCGACACUUGAUGACAGCGUCAGCGAGGAGGAGGAGGGCAGCUUCGAUGAGCUCGCUGAUGUCACGCCCUACCUCCAGCCAGGGGUGGAGAUCUCUGUGCUCAACGAGAGGAUAAGCUCGGGCCACACGGUGUAUGCUGAGGCUCUCUGGGACCAUGUGACCAUGGAGGAGCAGGAGCUGGCCUUCAAGGCCGGAGAUGUUAUCCGUGUCCUGGAUGCCUCACACAAGGACUGGUGGUGGGGCAGGGGGGCUGACAGGGAGGCCUGGUUCCCCUCCUGCUUUGUGAGGGUGCGAGUGAACCAGGAAGACUCGAGUGCAGAGAGUGUGGAGAGUGUAGCGGACCAGGAGGAUCCGACUCCCAGGGACACGCACAGCGCUCAGCACAAGGAGCAGAUGAGAACCAAUGUGGUUCAGGAAAUCAUGAAUACCGAACGCAUCUACAUCAAGCACCUCAAAGACAUCUGUGAGGGUUACAUCCGCCAGUGCCGUAAACACCCGCAAAUGUUUACUGAGCUGCAGCUGAAGACCAUCUUCAGCAACAUAGAGGACAUCUACAAAUUCCACAGGCAGUUUCUGAAAGACCUGGAGAAGAAGUACAACAAAGACCAACCGCAUCUCAGUGAAAUAGGCUCCUGUUUUCUCUUGCAGGGGGAGGGCUUCUCUAUCUACUCAGAGUACUGUAACACCCAUCCAGCGGCCUGUGCUGAGCUGCAGCGCCUCAUGAAGUUGGGCCGAUAUAAACAUUUCUUUGAGGCCUGCCGUCUCCUCCAGCAGAUGAUCGACAUCUCCAUUGCUGGUUUCUUGCUCACGCCCGUGCAGAAGAUCUGUAAAUACCCCCUGCAGCUGGGAGAACUGCUCAAGUACACCCCUAAGGACCACAGUGACUACGGCGGAGUGAGCAAAGCAUAUGAGGCUAUGAAGAACGUGGCCAGUCUGAUAAAUGAGAGGAAAAGACGGCUAGAGAGUGUUGACGCCAUCGCUCACUGGCAGGUUGCCAUUCUGCACUGGGAGGGACCUGAUGUGCUGGAGCGCAGUUCAGAGCUGAUCCACUCUGGCGAGCUGACUCGAAUCGUCCGACAAGGCAAAAUGCAGCAGCGCAGCUUCUUCCUAUUUGACCACCAGUUGGUCUUCUGCAAAAAAGACGUCCUGCGCAGGGAUCUGCUCCACUACCGGGGACGGCUGGAUAUGGACCAGACCGAGGUGGUGGACGUGCCCGAUGGGCGGGACCCAGACCUGGGCCUGACCCUGAGGAACGCUCUGCGCUUGCGCCACGCCUCCACUCUGGAGUUAGUGUGUGUGCUGUGCUGCAGGAAGGCCCAGGACAAGCAGAGGUGGUUAGAGGCUUUUGCCAAAGAGAGACACAGAGUCAAGGAAGACCAAGAGAUGGGAAUGGAGAUCAGUGAAGAGCAAAGAAAACAGGCUAUUGUUAAUGCCAGAAGAGGCAAACAGGGAAAGAUCAAACCCAUUGGUUACUCGGGUUCUGUCCCACCUCACCACCAAAACCUUCACCCACUUCACCAGCGUCACAUCACCAUUCCAACCCGUGUGCCUCAGCAGCAGGUCUUUUCACUGGCCGAGCCCCCAAAAAGAAAGCCUUAUCACCUGUUGUACAGCAUCACUCGCAACGCCUUUUUCAGGAAAUGAGGCUUUGCUCCCUCAUCCUUUUAUUUUUUCCUCUGUGCAUGAUCCGAGCAUGCCCAAACCGUCCGGAGGACUCAAAGAACACUUUAUUUUUCUUCCUGUAUUUUUCCUGUCUGUGAAUGUACUAUCAAGUUUUGUUUUUGUGCCUGAUGUGUCUUUCUUUGUGUCUGUUUUUGUUGCUUGUUGAAGUCCAGUGCCUUCACUUCGUAUGGGGCGUGACUAAAGUGUUAAAAUACUGACUCUGUCCAUUUUGUUGGUAUGUUAAAGAUGCUGCUCACUUAAGCUCAUGAAACCCCACCCCCUUUGUGUUAUUAAUUCCAGCUGAAAGAUUUUUUUGAUUUUAAUUAUGACAACGAUGUUUAUUCUGCUUUUACAUUGACAAACACAGUUUUCGGUUAUUUCACAAAGGCUGGACCCUUUUUUUUUUCUUUUUUUUUUGCUGCGAUUCCGUCACUUCUGAGCACCAAACAGCCAGAGGAUAAACGAACUGACACCGUCAUCUACCCUGUUAACAGUGUAAAUAAAACUCUUGUACAAACAUA